AUGGGUGCUGUGGACCCUGUUCAACACUGCCUGGGUAACGCCAUCGAGAUGAACAGACAGUGUGGACUUCGUGUCUCUCUCUCUGUCUGUGUGAAGCUCCACGUCUCUGUUCAGAGGAAGCAGGAGGAGAUCUCAGCCCUGAAGGAGAAGAACGCUCAGCUGAAGGAGCUGGUCAAACAAGCUGAGAUUUAUGCUGAUGUACUGGAUGCCUUCACGCCGCAGCCUGACGACACCUCAGAAUGUGUAUCACACCCAGUUUCCGCUUUCAUACCACACUCACACUCUGAUUCCUCAAGUGCUGAGCCAUCUGAAUGGAAUUUCAGUGCAGCUCUACAGACAUCCUGGCUCGAGUCUCUUCUCGAUCACACACCGCCACAGGAGGAAGAGGAGCGGCCAGACAGAAUCCUGUCUGAAUACACCAAUACAAGAGUGAAGAGACAAUUAUGGUCAUGUGACACUGAUUCCAGGAGCACUGAUACUCCUUCAGUGUGUCCUGACAAAAAAACAAGACUGGACCAAGAGUUUCUUGACCAAACAGAACAUUCAUCUGAGCAUCCAGGUUCCAAGACGGUGCAGGUUUUCGGAUCCUUCCACGGCUUACGGGUUUUGAAAGCCGCACCAUCUGCGACCUCUGACCUCUGGAAAGAAGGGAGGUGUGCAUUUUUCAAGACGUCCAUCAGAGAGCACAGCACAGUCCGGACCAGAGUUUUCCCUCACGGCAAAACGUUCACGUCGCACGCACCUGACGGAGGCUGUAGGUUCCUCUGGAUUCCCAAACAGAACUGAAACACUGUUGUUAUCCUUGCUUGUUUUAGAUAGCAGGCUCUAAAAAAGGUUUGUGUGUGUGAAAAACAAACAUGGGCAGACUUAACAAAUGGCCAAUUACCGUCCUAUCUGCAUCCUUCCCAUUGCGUCUAAGAUUGCAGAAAAAUGGGUUGCUAAAUUAUUGAUCGAACAUCUAAAUAUAGGGCAUAAUCCUUUGCACCCCAUGCAGUUCGGUUUCCGUACUCAUUAUUCUACAGAUCUCAUCUCAUCUCAUUAUCUCUAGCCGCUUUAUCCUUCUACAGGGU